AUGGAAGUCCCCAGAGCCAUCCUGCUUGGCCUCCUUGGGGCUGCGCUCUGUCUAAUGGGCACCCAGACGUCGGAGUCCAAUGUGUCCCAAGCCCUGCAAUGCUACAGCUUUCAACACAUCUACUUCGGGCCCUUUGACCUCAGUAGCGUGAAAUUCCCCAACGUGUCCUGUCUCCAUGGAUGCUCUGAGGCGGUCAUGUCCCUGGACACUGGGUACCGCUCCUCGGUGACCCUGGUACAGAAGGGCUGCUGGACAGGCCCGUCCACGGGCCAGAUGCAGUCCAGCGACCACGCGCUGCCGCCCGACUACUCGGUGGUGCGCGGCUGCGCGACCGACUUGUGCAACGCCGACCUCAUGAACCAUGACACCAUCCCCAACCUGAGCCCAGCGCCCAAUCCGCCGACGCUCAGCGGCGUCGAGUGCUAUGCCUGCGUGGGGAUCCACCCGGCGGACUGCAGCCCGGAAAAGUCCAGACGAGUCCAGUGUCACCAGGACCAAAGCGUCUGCUUCCAGGGCAAUGGCCAGAUGACUGUCGGCAAUUUCUCAGUCCCCGUGUACAUCAGAACCUGCCACCGGCCCUCCUGCACCAUCAUGGGCACCACCAGCCCCUGGACCAACAUCGACCUCCAGGGCUCCUGCUGUGAGGGGAACCUCUGCAACCGGGACUCCGUGACCCAGCCCUUCGCCACCAUGUCGGCCAGCGCCCCUCCCCUGGCACCCCAGGUCCCGGCCCUGCUCCUCAUGGUUCCCCUACUGGUUGGCACUCUGGGAGGCGCCCUCCGGCUCUCCUCAUAGGUGCCUCUCCAGCCUCUUCAGAGCGGAUGCUGGGGGCAGGGGCCAUGCACCCCCUUCUCACAGCUUCAGCCCCUGUGACGUGGUGCGCGCGCUCUCUCCCCCUACCACUACCUGCCCUUCCCUGGGCAGCAGGCCUGGGAGGAACUGGGCAAGAUCCCCAGCCCCCCAGGGUGGGGAGAGACAGCCACAUCCUGCCCCUCAUGAAGAGAAAUCCUGACAAUAGGUAUUACUUACUGAGCCCCCACUAGACCCCGGCACCCACGACCCGGUUUCCUGCACUCUCCCUCGGGAGCCUAGGACAGGCUCCAGCAGGGAGCUACGAAGAUGUCUUUAUUUGUAUCAUCAUGAGAAGCUUGAGAGGCUGUAUGUUCUAGAAGCUAGGAGCCCAGACUCUGGAGCCAGGCUGCAUGGGUUCGAAUCCCAGCUCUACCAUUUAACCCGUGCGUGACCUUGGGCAAGUUACUUAACCUCUCUGUGCCUGUGUUUCCUCACCUGUGAGGCGGAGGCGAAAAUAAAACCUACAAUAAUGACAAGACCGACUUCACAGUGGUUGUGGUUGGGAUUUAAUGAGAUGAACGUGGAGUACCUGGGACACGACAGUCACCCAGCAUAAGUGGGCUGCUGUCAUAAUCCCCACGUUACAGAUGAGCAAUGAGAGUUGGGGGCACUUGCCAGAGCUCAUGUAUCUAGUGAGGGAAGAGCCAGGGGUGUGGCUCCCACCCCCACCGCUAGGCAACGCCACCUCCCAAAUACAGGUGUAUUAAUUAAUUCGACAGAAACACACUUGAGGCAAAGCUGAGCCAGGCAACAUUCUCCAACCUGUGGAGAUGGGGGAAGACUUCCUGGAGGAAGUAAGCCUUAAGCA